UGAUAAGAAUAUUCCCCAUCAUCCAUGGAUGUUAAAGAAUUACCCAUGUAGUUUGCGCUUUGAUUUCACUAAUUUCAACAUCCCAUGCUCUUUCUUCUCUCUAUAAAUCAGCUAUCAUAUACAUACAUAUAUACUCUCCCCAUUUUGAUUUUAAUUUGGGGAAGGCGGAUGAUCUCGCUUUGAUUUUCUCACUGCGAAGAGCUAAGGAAAUUGUCCGCAUUGAGGAGCUUGUAAUAACCAAUUUGUUAUCGUAGCGGGAAAGAGGAAAGGGAAAGGGAAAGGGAAAGCAGGUUGAUUUGUAAAUUAGGAACCCCGGACUUUUAUUUAUUCUAUCUGCUUCCAGUUUGCAGAUCCCGAAAGUUCAUCGAAUUUCAUAUGCUGCAAGGCAGGCAGGCAAAUAUCCGAUUAUAAGAGAUGGGUUUUCUUUCUUUAUUGAAAGAUUGGAAACCCAUCUGAAGUUGCAAUUGGAGUUCUUUUGCCACGGAGAAGAGAGCGAGAACCUGGUUCUUGUGUGCAAAAUCACGGUCUUUCCUGAUUUGAGAGGUGGGGUUUCAUUAUCUCCUAAUAGAUUGAGUUCACUGGAAUGGGAUUGGAGUAAUUCUACGAGGAGAAGGAAAUAGGUGAGACCAUGGACACUUUCCUUGGAGGAUUUGUGCUUCCUUUGCUACUUUUUACAGCGGCUACCCUAAAUUGGAGCUUAAUAUCUCUUCUGGAUUUGUUGGCUUUUCUUCUUAUUAGAUUUACUGCCCCCAAAAGAGGGUUUCGUUCUCGAAGGAGAAUUCCGUUACUAUGGUCAAUAUUUAUAUUCUCUCUAGUUGUUAUUCUCAUGCAAGUGCUGUUUCUUAUGGUAUCGGCUAUGGACGAUGGUAAGUGGGGCUUUGGCAAUGCUUGGGGUUUUAAGCUAAUUGGAUUCAUGAAGCUUGAAUCUUGGAGAACUCCGAUUGUGAUCUAUUUCUUGGUUGUGCAAUUAUUUGUGGCUUUUGUUGCUUCUGUUGAAAUCCGUGCAGACAGAUAUGGUUCACUCCUAAGUUAUGAAUCAUGUUGGGGAAAUUUAUCGUCAUUUACUGAAUAUAUAGGUUCUCAUGUUAGGGUUGCUUCCUGCUUCUUAUUACCUGCCACUCAACUUCUCGUGGGCAUUAGCAACCCCUCUUGGAUUUCUCUACCAUUUUUUAUUUGCAGCUGUGUUGGUCUUGUUGAUUGGUCCUUAACUAGCAAUUUUCAUGGCCUUUUCAGGUGGUGGAGGCCACUUUGGCUGUACGCAUCCUUCAACAUCUGCCUACUUUAUCUUUAUCAGCUUCCUAUAAAUCCACCAAUUCCUGAGAUAUUUCAAAGCAUUGCGGAGUUUAUUGGACUUUAUAAAAUAUCUGCAAAAUCUGAGUGGCCGGAAAUUUGUUCCAGCAUUUCUCUGGUUUUAUUUUACUUGAUGCUAUCUUAUGCUAAACUCGAUUUAGAGGAACUGGAUUUUCUUUUGUCAACAAGAGAAUGCAGCAUGACUGAUCAACUUCUUCCCUCAAAACAUUCCUUUUUUGUCAGGGAAUCCAGGUCUGGUGUGAGGCAUACAAAUGUUUUACUAGGGGGAACAGUUUUUCGUAUGUUUUGCAUCAACUUUUUCACGUAUGGUUUUCCGGUUUCUCUAUUUGCUCUUUGCUUUUGGAGCUUCCACUUUGCAAGUAUAUGUGCUUUUGGGUUGCUUGUCUAUGUUGGCUAUGUUUUAUAUGCUUUUCCAUCUUUGUUCUGGUUACACGGGUUGAAUGGACUGCUUCUAGUCUUCAUUCUCUUGUGGGCUGUUAGCACAUAUAUCUUCAACGUGGCAUUCCCCUUGGUGAAUUGGCGACUUGGGAAGGAUAUGGAGAUAUGGGAAAUGGUUGGAUUAUGGCAUUAUCCUAUUCCUGGACUGUUUUUACUUGCACAAUUUUGUCUUGGAAUUCUGGUUGCAUUGAGUAAUCUUGUGAAGAACUCCGUUUUAGUUUGUCUUUCUGAUGAAGAUGGAAAAUCUUCAGGUGACAACUGUAGUGUUCAAGUGAAGGAGGAGACAACGGUGUUGAUUGUUGCUACAGUUGCCUGGGGACUCCGCAAGUGCUCUAGGCCUAUUAUGCUUGUGUUGAUAUUUCUAAUUGCCAUGAAACCUGGUUUUGCUCAUGCUGUAUAUAUAAUAUUCUUCCUGAUAUGCCUCCUGGGCCACAGAAUCAACAAAAAGAUACGCCAAUCCAUGAUUCUUCUUUGUGAGGCACAUUUUGCAAUCCUAUAUAUUCUGCAACUUGAUCUUAUUUCUAAUACUUUGGAGCGCGAAGGUUCGUUGAGCAGUGAAAUCCUUUCACAAUUGGGUCUUCUUGAACGUGACAGUUCCGGGGAUUUCUUGGAAAUAGCUUUACUUGCAUGCCUCUGUGCCAUUCAUAACCAUGGCUCGGAAAUGCUAUUUUCUUUUUCAGCCAUUCUCCAGCAUGCUCCUUGUCUUCCGGUUGGGUUUAGUGUCUUAAAAGCUGGUUUAAACAAAUCAGUGCUAUUGUCUGUUUAUGCCUCACCAGGAACAAGAAACAGAGAUAUUGAUGCUUCUUAUGAGAGGAAGAUAGCUUCUUACCUUAGUGCAAUUGGUGAGAAAUUUUUGUCAGUCUAUCGUUCGUGUGGAACCUACAUUGCCUUUUUUACAAUUCUUGUGGCUGUUUACCUAAUGAAACCAAAUUAUAUAGCAUUUGGAUAUAUUUUUCUUCUUCUGCUUUGGAUCAUUGGAAGACAACUUGUUGAAAUGACAAAAAGGCGCCUAUGGUUUCCUCUGAAAGCUUAUUCAAUUGUUGUUUUCAUGCUUGUUUAUUGCUUGAGCAUUUUCCCCAGCCUUGAAACGUGGCUAUCCGAAGUGAUAGAUCUUCAUGACUUGGGCUUCAAUAGCAGAGGCUCUUUACUUCAAAAUGUUUGGGAAUCUCUGGCAAUUAUGAUAGUUAUGCAACUUUACAGCUAUGAGAGGAGGCAAAGCAAGCAUACUAGACCAGACUAUCCCGAUCCAUUACUACCUGGAAUAAUUGGUUUCCUCAGGCGGUUUGUGAUCUGGCACAGCCCGAAGAUUCUAUAUGCCACAAUGUUCUAUGCUGCUUUAUCUCCAAUAAGUGCUUCUGGGUUUUUAUACCUUGUUGGUCUUGUCGUAUGUUCAAAUAUGCCUAAGAUUUCUCGGAUACCUUCAAAAUCUUCUUUGGUCUACACUGGGUUCUUGGUAAUAACAGAGUAUCUGUUUCAGAUGUGGGGCAAACAGGCUAAUAUGUUUCCAGGCCAGAAAAACUAUGAUUUAGCACGAUUUCUGGGUCUCCAGGUUUUUGAACGUACCUUUGCUGGUCUUGAAGCUGGUUUGAGGGGGAAAGUUCUGGUUAUUGCUGCUUGUAUACUUCAGUAUAAUGUCUUCCAUUGGCUGCAGAAAGUACCUAAUGCUAAUUUACAUGUAGGGAAGUGGGAGGAACCUUGCCCACUGUUUCUCUGUGUUGACGAUAGCCUGCCAGUGGUGAAAAUUUCUAACGGGGAACUAAAGCCUUCUCAAGAUUCUAAUCCUCUAUCUGGAUCAAGAAAUAGUAAUUCUUGGCAUUCUUUCAACUCAGAGUCGAUUCAAUCACCUCGUGAUGUAGCUGCAGAAACAGGACUAUCCCAAGCCACUGGUAGAAGGAAGUACACCCUAGGAUAUUUCUGGGGUAGCUCUGACAGCACUAAAUGGAACAAGAAACGAAUUCUCUCUCUGAGAAAGGAGAGAUUUGAGACACAGUUAACUACCUUGAAGAUUUAUUUGAAGUUCUGGAUGGAGAAUAUGUUCAACUUGUUUGGCCUUGAGAUGAGCAUGACUGCGUUGCUUAUGGCCAGUUUUUCCUUAUUAAAUGUUAUCUCUAUCUUAUACAUAGCGCUACUAGCUGCUUGUAUUCUUUUGGAUAGACGAAUCGUGCGGAAACUGUGGCCUAUGUUUGUUCUCUUUUUUGCUUGUGUACUUGUUCUCGAGUAUUUUGCUCUCUGGAGAACAAUUCUACCUCUCAAACAACAUUCUGAGAGUGAGAGCAGUGUGCGUUGCCAUGAUUGCUGGAAAAGCUCAGAUCUUCAUUUUAGUUAUUGCAGAAACUGCUGGCUGGGACUUACUAUUGAUGAUCCUAGAAUGCUUAUAAGCUAUUUCCUGGUCUUCAUGGUUGCCAGCUUCAAGCUUCAUGCUGAUCACAAUUCUGGGUUCUCGUCAUCUAGCACAUACCGCCAAGUGAUGACUCAACGCAAGAAUGCUUUUGUUUGGAGAGAUCUCUCUUUUGAGACAAAAGGGUUGUGGACUUUUAUUGAUUACCUGAGGCUGUAUUGUUAUUGUCAUCUCUUAGAUCUUGUACUUGCUUUGAUUCUGAUAACGGGAACCCUCGAGUAUGAUGUGCUACAUUUGGGAUAUCUGGGUUUUGCUCUUGUUUUCUUCCGCAUGAGAUUUCAAAUUCUAAAAAAGAAGAAUAAUGUUUUCAAGUUCUUGAGAAUUUAUAACUUUAUUGUGAUUAUCCUUUCUCUUGCUUAUCAAUCCCCUUUCCUGGGAGAUUACAAUGCCGAGAAGUGUGGAACGGUGGAUUACAUAUACGAGGUCAUUGGAUUCUACAAGUACGACUAUGGAUUUCGCAUUACAUCAAGAUCGGCCAUUGUUGAGAUCAUUAUUUUUAUGCUGGUCUCACUUCAAUCGUACAUGUUCUCUUCUCCUGAGUUUGAUUAUGUAUUUCGGUAUCUCGAGGCAGAGCAAAUUGGUGCCAUUGUAAAUGAGGAAGAGAAGAAAGCUGCAUGGAAGAAGGAGCAACUGCAACAUAUUCGUGAAGCGGAGGAGAAGAAGCGCCAGCGAAACUUACAAGUGGAGAAGAUGAAAUCUGAGAUGCUUAACCUUCAGAUCCAGCUUCAUGGAAUGGAUUCAAACGCAUCUUGUGGUGACAUUUCACCCAGUAGUGAGGGAUUGAGGAGGAGGAGUCUCUCUCUUUUCUCAACAAAAGGCGGCAAUGAAAAGGGAGACAUCCUAACAAAGGAAGAGUUAAACAGUGAAACCGAUAAUUUUUUUCCAAUGGAAUUUCAUGAAUUUCCAGAUGAUAUUAAAACAGAGGCGGCCGUGGAAUCUAGGAAGAAUUUAACGAGAUUGUCUUAUGGUGAGAUCACUGAAUUUGAGGAGGAUGUUUCCAGUUUUAGUUUUAAUAUAGACAGAGAGAAUAAAGAUAAAGUCCACGGGAAGGAAAACCCUCUAGUUUCGGCGGUUCACUUUUUGGGGGAUGGUGUUUCUGAAAUACAGUCGUUGGGAAAUCAGGCUGUUAGUAAUCUCGUUAGCUUUUUGAAUAUACCACAAGAAGAUUUUGAUUCUAGCGAUCAAUCUAAUGGAGAGAAUGUAGUACAUGACGAAAGAGAAAAUGAGCGUGUGAAGCAUACUUCUUUUGAUCAUUCUUCUUCUCUAAUAUCAGACAAGACCAGAUCUAUCUCAGAGGCCACUAGCCUACAGCUUGGGAAGAUACUACGUUAUAUAUGGUCACAAAUGCGUUCAAAUAACGAUAUAUUAUGUUAUUGUUGCUUUCUUGUGGUCUUUCUUUGGAACUUCAGUUUACUGUCAAUGAUCUAUGUUGCGGCUCUUUUCUUGUAUGCCUUGUGUGUUAACACAGGUCCAAGUUAUCUCUUCUGGGUUAUUAUGCUAAUUUAUACGGAAGCUUAUAUAUUGCUUCAGUAUUUGUAUCAAAUCAUCAUCCAUCAUUGUGGAGUUGGAUUCCAGUCAUAUUUUCUUUAUGAGCUGGGAUUCCCAACCGAAAAAAUUACAUCUUCCUUUGUUGUCCAUACGUUGCCUUUGUUUCUUGUCUACUUAUUUACACUCAUACAGAGCUCCAUAACAGCAAAGGAUAGUGAGUGGUUUUCCUCAACAGAAUAUGAUCUUUUCAAGAAGAGGGUGUCCAGCAAGAAAGAGAAUUUGACAGAUUCUAGCUGGACGGAGAAGGCCCGAGAAAUUAUGACGCCUGUUACUGAUGUGGUGAAAAUAAUGAUCAGAUCUUUUUCAAUCUACUGGAAGUCACUAACAGAAGGAACAGAAUCUCCUCCUUACUUUGUCCAGUUAUCUUUGGACGUCCAUGCACGACCUGAAGAUGGGAUUCAACCGGAAAGGAUUGAAUCAGGAAUAAAUCAGAUGCUUAGUAUUGUUCACGAUGAGAGAUGUAAGGAAAAAGCUGCUAGCUUUCACCAUUCUUCUAGUAGGGUUCAUGUUCAAAGCAUUGAGAAAAGUGAUGAAAAUCCUAAUGUGGUAUUGGCUGUUCUUGAAGUGGUAUAUGCAUCUCCAUUAACAGAAUGCAAUUCAGCUGACUGGAACAGAUCACUAACUCCAGCAGCUGACGUAGCGAAAGAGAUUCUGCAUGCAAAAAAUUCUGGUAUUGUUGAAGAAAUAGGGUUUCCGUAUCCCAUAUUUUCUGUGAUUGGGGGAGGAAAAAGAGAGCUAGAUCUGUAUGCAUAUGUUUUUGGUGCCGACUUGGCUGUCUUCUUUUUGGUAUCUGUUUUCUACCAAGCUGUGAUAGAAAAUAAAAGUGAAUUUCUCGAGGUAUAUCAACUUGAAGAUCAAUUCUCAAAAGAAUUCGUAUUUAUUUUAAUGGUUAUCUUUUUCUUGAUUGUUGUUGAUCGAGUCAUCUACCUCUGUUCAUUUGCUGCUGGAAGAGUGAUAUUCUACCUUUUCAAUCUUGUACUAUUCACAUAUUUUGUUACAGAGUAUGCUUGGAAUAUGGUUGCUCCACAAAGAGAAGCUGGUGUGUUUGCUCUUCGAGCUAUAUAUCUAACAAAAUCGGUUUCUCUGGCUCUGCAAGCUAUACAAGUCAGAAAUGGUGUUCCUCAUAAAAGUUCCUUAUACAGGAACUUUCUGACCAGCAAUGUCUCACAAGUCAAUUAUAUAUGCUACAGACUCUAUCGGGCUCUUCCCUUCCUUUAUGAAUUACGUUGCGUCCUUGAUUGGUCUUGCACAACCACAUCCUUGACCAUGUAUGAUUGGUUGAAGUUGGAAGAUAUAAAUGCCAGCUUGUACCUAGUGAAAUGUGAUGCAAUCUUGAACAGGGCCAAGCAUAGACAGGGAGAUAAGCAAACGAAAAUUACGAAAUUCUGCAGCGGAAUAUGUUUGUUCUUCAUCUUGAUCUGCAUUAUUUGGGCUCCUAUGUUGAUGUACAGCAGUGGAAAUCCAACAAACAUAGCUAAUCCCAUAAAAGACGCGAGUGUUCAGCUUGAUAUCAAGACGGCAGGCGGAAGGUUGACUUUAUUCCAGACUACCUUGUGCGAGAGAAUCCCGUGGGACAUAGACACUAUUAAUCUCGAUCCUAAUGGUUAUUUGGAUGCAUAUGAUAAUACCGAUAUACAGCUAAUGUGCUGCCAACCUGAUGCUGCUACUUACUGGAUGGUUCCUAACGUUGUUCUUAACAGAUUUACCAAAUCCAUCAACAGGAGUAUGGAUAUAACUUUUACUUGGGUACUUAACCGGGACAGGCCGAAAAACAAGGAGGUUGUUAAAUAUGAGAAUGUUGUUAAUCCGUGGGAUCUUCCUGAGCCUUCUGAAGUUCAAGAUGUUCUUAAGGGAGUUAACAACAGCUUUAGAGUACACAACCUUUACCCAAGACACUUCAGGUUAACUGGUUCUGGUGAAAUAAGACCGUUUGAUCUGGAGGCUGACGGGGUUAGUGCAGAUCUUGUUAUGCAUCACGGAAAUACUUCAUGGUGGUCGUUUGAGGAUACUGUUCCUUUGAAUGGGACCGAGUGCGGAGGCUUGGCUGGACCGAUGGCCAUAAUUGUAUCCGAGGAAACACCACAAGGUUUUCUUGGGGAGACUCUAAGCAAAUUCAGUAUAUGGGGACUCUAUAUUUCUUUUGUUCUUGCGGUUGGUCGAUUUAUCAGACUGCAGUGCUCUGACCUAAGGAUGAGAAUCCCUUACGAGAACCUUCCUUCUUGCGACAGGUUGAUUGCCAUCUGUGAGGAUAUAUACGCGGCAAGAGCAGAAGGCGAGCUUGGAGUUGAAGAGGUUCUUUAUUGGACACUGAUCAAAAUAUACCGGUCCCCACAUAUGUUACUCGAAUACACGAAAAUUGACUAGCCAAUAGCCAUCUACAAAAAAAACACUAACCACUGACCUUACUUUUGGCUAACAACAGAGGAUAAGACUAUUUGUCUUAUCAUUCUCGGGCUCCGAGAGAGUUCUAAACACGUGUGGCUAACCAUCAGCAGUCGCAAAAGGAAUAGUCCAAGACUCGCCAUUGAAUUGGAGCCUUGUAGGGGUGAUGGAAAGGAACAGUCUAAUUGUAAUUCAUGAGUGGUUUUUGUUGCUAAAUUGAGCACUUGUGUAUUUUUGUUUGACUAAUUUGAUGAGAAACGUCGGGAAAAUGUAAAUAAUAUUCAGUCCAAUUGAGAUUUGAUGAAUUUCUUUUUUAUUGUAGAAAAGAUGACUGAAAAUACUAAUUGUUGUAAUAAAUUGUUUGAAUGGUUGGUAGUAAGUGUUUUUGUUAUUGAGAACAACAACUGCCCUUGUUGGGUAUAUGAUUAUUG